AUGGCGACGCUAACGAAUCAACCGUCGAAGAAGGGAGGAAAAGGAGGAUCCUCCACCGUCAAAUUCGCGAGGAGAACAUCCAGCGGCAAGUAUGUCAGCCUCUCCAAGGAGGAGAUCGAGAUGUCCGGUGGCGAAGGCGGCGACCAAAACAGCUACACAGUCCACAUUCCGGUGACGCCAGACAACCAGCCGGUGGCAGCGAAAGCGGAGGAGCAAUACGUGUCAAGUUCCCUAUUCACAGGGGGAUUCAACAGCGUAACGCGGGCCCAUCUAAUGGACAAGGUGAUCGACUCGCAGGUUUCCCAUCCCCAGAUGGCCGGCUGCAAAGGGUCAUCGUGCGCGAUGCCGGCCUGCGAUGGCAAUGUGAUCAAGGACGAGCGCGGCAACGACGUGAUCCCUUGCGAAUGCAGGUACAAAAUCUGCCGGGAUUGCUACAUGGACGCCCAGAAAGACACUGGGCUCUGUCCCGGAUGCAAGGAGCCUUACAAGAGUGCUGAUUCAGACGAUGAAAUACCAAACUACUCCAAGGGAGCCCUCCACCUCCCCGGGCCCGAAAAGGAUAAUAAACAAAUGUCGAUGAUGAAGAGGAACCAUAAUGGUGAAUUCGAUCACAACAAAUGGUUGUUUGAAACACAGGGCACUUAUGGAUAUGGGAAUGCGUAUUGGCCUGAGGACGGGGACGAAGAUGGAGGAAUGCACCAGGGCAUGCUCGAGACCGCUGAUAGACCAUGGCGGCCUCUCAGCCGCGUCAUUAAUAUCCCUAAUAGUAUAAUUAGCCCAUACAGGCUCCUCAUUGCUAUUCGUUUUGUUGUCAUGUGCUUCUUCUUGGUGUGGAGAGUGCGCCAUCCAAACGAGGAUGCUGUGUGGCUCUGGUUGAUGUCAGUCGUCUGCGAAAUAUGGUUUGCAUUCUCUUGGAUUCUUGACCAGCUCCCCAAGAUGCACCCCAUCAAUCGAGAAACGGAUUUGCCUCUCUUGCGCGACAAGUUUGAAGCUCCUUCCCCCGCCAACCCCACGGGCCGAUCAGAUCUUCCUGGGAUGGAUGUGUUUGUAUCCACUGCUGAUCCUGAGAAGGAACCCCCUCUCGUAACUGCUAACACUAUUCUCUCCAUCUUAGCUGUGGAGUACACCGUCGAGAAACUAGCUUGCUAUGUUUCUGAUGAUGGAGGAGCCCUACUUAACUUCGAAGCAAUGGCUGAGGCUUGUAGUUUUGCUGAUCUAUGGGUUCCCUUCUGUAGGAAACACGACAUAGAACCCCGGAAUCCGGAGUCCUACUUCAGUCUCAAGGGAGAUCCCACCAAGAACAAGAACAGAGUGGACUUUGUUAAGGACAGAAGAAGAGUGAAAAGAGAGUAUGAUGAGUUCAAAGUAAGAAUCAACGGGCUUCCAGAUUCCAUCAGGAGAAGAUCAGAGGCUUUCAAUGCAAGAGAAGAGAUGAAAAUGCUCAAGCACAUGAGGGAGACUGGAGCUGACACAUUAGAGCCCAUUAAGGUGACUAAAGCUACAUGGAUGGCUGACGGCACCCACUGGCCUGGGACGUGGGCCGUUGCAUCCCGCGAGCAUGCCAAGGGCGACCAUGCUGGAAUUCUACAAGUCAUGUUAAAGCCUCCUAGCUCCGAUCCACUUAUGGGAAGUUCCGAAGGCAAUAUUAUCGACUUUAGUGAUGUCGACAUACGUCUGCCUAUGUUUGUCUACAUGUCGCGUGAGAAACGCCCCGGUUAUGACCACAACAAAAAAGCGGGUGCCAUGAAUGCCCUCGUCCGAGCAUCGGCUAUUUUGUCCAAUGGACCUUUCAUGCUCAACCUCGACUGCGAUCACUACAUCAAUAACUGCAACGCUAUUCGGGAAGGAAUGUGCUUCAUGAUGGACAGGGGCGGCGAGGAUAUUUGCUACAUUCAGUUCCCACAAAGAUUUGAAGGCAUUGAUCCAUCAGAUCGUUAUGCCAACCACAAUACUGUCUUCUUCGAUGGUAACAUGCGAGCUCUCGACGGCUUACAAGGUCCUGUCUAUGUUGGGACAGGCUGCAUGUUUCGAAGAUUUGCACUCUAUGGUUUCGAUCCUCCAAAACUAGACAAACUUCCUGCUAAUGUAGACAAAACCGCCGAACUCAAGACCACUGAUUUUGACCCUGAACUCGAUGUCAACUUACUACCAAAGAGAUUCGGGAAUUCCACAUUACUAGCGGAGUCCAUACCUGUGGCUGAGUUCCAAGGUCGUCCGAUUGCUGAUCAUCCGGCUGUCAAGUAUGGUCGCCCUCCAGGUAUUCUUAGGGCGCCUCGCGAGGCUCUUGAUGCAACCACUGUUGCCGAAGCCGUCUCUGUAGUCUCAUGCUGGUACGAGGACAAGACGGAAUGGGGGGAUCGCGUCGGAUGGAUCUACGGUUCAGUGACGGAAGAUGUGGUGACAGGAUACAGAAUGCACAACCGCGGGUGGCGCUCUGUCUACUGUGUGACCAAGCGUGACGCGUUUCGCGGAUCCGCUCCCAUCAAUCUCACAGACAGGCUGCACCAGGUGCUGAGAUGGGCCACAGGCUCCGUUGAGAUCUUCUUCUCACGAAACAACGCUUUUUUAGCCACUAAAAAGCUCAACGUUCUACAACGUCUGGCCUAUAUCAAUGUCGGCGUCUACCCCUUCACCUCAUUGUUCCUCAUCGUAUACUGUUUCCUCCCGGCCCUCUCCCUCUUCUCCGGCUACUUCAUCGUGCAAAAUCUCGAUAUCACUUUCUUACUCCUGCUCCUCACCAUGUCCGUUUGCCUCAUUGGUCUGGCCAUACUCGAGGUCAAAUGGUCGGGCGUUAGUUUGGAGGAUUGGUGGAGGAACGAACAGUUCUGGCUCAUCUCCGGCACCAGCGCGCAUUUAGCUGCGGUGGUGCAAGGCCUGCUGAAGGUGAUCGCCGGGAUCGAGAUCUCCUUCACGUUGACAUCCAAGUCCGCUGGCGAGGACAACGAUGACAUAUUCGCAGAACUCUACUUGGUGAAGUGGUCGUCGCUGAUGAUUCCGCCGAUUGUGAUUGGGAUGGUGAACAUAAUAGCGAUAGUGGUGGCAUUUUUGAGGACGAUAUACGAGACGACGCCCCAGUGGAGCAAGUUCAUUGGCGGAGCCUUCUUUAGUUUCUGGGUGUUGGCGCAUCUCUAUCCUUUUGCUAAGGGACUCAUGGGAAGAAGAAAGAAGACGCCUACCAUUGUCUUUGUCUGGUCAGGCCUUAUUGCUAUUACUAUAUCCUUGCUCUGGGUUGCCAUUAACCCCUCUGUCAGCCAGCGUCCUGCUGCCACUUCUGGUGGUGGUGGUUUCACUUUCCCAUGAUCAACUUUCUCACUCUUUCCAUUUCUCUAAUUGUUUUGUUCAUAUUUGAUAUAUAUGUCUAGUGUAGUAAGUGAGUUUUGUGUUUUCUUCUUGUUCUUUUCAAGACUACUCAAGGGCAUGUUCUUAACUAGCAUGAAA